AUGUCUCUACUGAGCUGGGCUGCAUUGGCCUCGACCGGGUUGAUACUUCAAGCGGUUUACUUCUACAUCAAUUUUAUUCAUCCGUUCUGGCUAACCGGAGAUCGUGGUCGCUAUCUGGGCGUGGAAAUUCGACCGCGAACAAUGAGCACCGGUGUGGAUGAGACGUACCGAUGCUUUUUCGCUGACUACAUUCACCUACUAGCGUACACGGCGUUUCGUGACACACAAUGUGAGAUUCGUUCGUUAACAGUGGACUACUCGUCCGGACUGUAUCGGUCGGAUUUUCACUUCCUCUUCCUGUUAUGUAUCGAGAACGCCCACCUGUUCCCGGACGCGAUUCACAUUCAUUUCUGGACAGAACGUUACGCUCGACUCUGUCGUCGUCGAUUUCGACGUCCCUAUUGGGCCAUUCGUCGAGGCAGUUUGGGUCAUCUGGUACGAUGUGAGGAUCUAUCCAUGAAAUUCAAUUUCAGCAAAAUUCGAGUCAAAGUUGAGGUAAAUGCUUUUGGUUUUUGA